AUGCCCACGCGCCCACCUCCCCCCGCCCCCGCCUCCCCGGGCUGGGCGGGGGACCUAGGUAAAUUUGAUAAGCUGCUGCCGCCACCUCCAAGCCGGCCUCCAGCUCUGGCCCUGCCGGAUCCUGAGGUACCCAGGUGUGCUGGCACCUGCGCCUGCGACCGAGUCGCAGCGGAGCCUGGCGAGAAGACCUCCUCCAGGGGCCAGCCUGUCGGGAUCCCCUUGCUAGAGCAGGAACCUGAGGAGCCGCUGGGUCUGGGCCAGCUGCCCACGGAGCUGCUCGAGAUGGUGCUGAGCCACGUGCCCCCUCACGUGCUGCUCGGGCGCUGCCGCCGGGUGUGCCGGCGCUGGCGCGACCUGGUCGACUGCCAGGCCCUGUGGCUGAGCAUCCUGGCCCGGAAACACGCCUCCCUGUGGCCCAUCGUCAGCACCUGCCUGCCGGCCGCCGACGACCCCAGGCCCUGCGUCCUGGGCCGCUUCUGCGAGCGCAGACCCAUAGGACGCAACCUCCUCCGGAACCCCAGGGGCCUAGAUGGCUCCCAGAAACAGCCUAUGCUGAGCGGUGGGGACGGCUGGACAAAGGAGGGAAAAUGUAAGGGCAUGCCUGCCCCUCCUUGUGAUGUCCACUUCCUACCUGCCUACUACCUACCUGGUUACAGGUGGUUUCAAAAGAAGGAAGUGUUGGACCUGGAGGAAGAGGGUUUCUGGCCAGAACUCCUGGACAGUGGAAAGAUUGAGAUCUGUGUCUCUGCCUGGUGAGUGUGAUGAUCAAAACUGCCCUUCUGCUGAGCGCUGACUGACGGCAAGCACGAAGCCAGUGCUCUGAAGUUUGAGCUGUUUCAGCACCCUUCGUGAUCCUUGAUCCUGUGGGAAAGUGUAUUUUAAGACCUCAAAUUGCGAAGUUCAGAAAGGGAGGUGACUUCCCCUGGGGGCACAGCCAGGGCUUGGCAGGACCUGGCAGGAGGCUCGUACUUGUCUGACUCUUGUGCACUGUAUGAUGGUCUUGAAACUGAGGUCCAUGAAGACUUUCCAAGGGAUGCAUGACCCAGAUAAUUUUAAGGGAGGCAAAUUACAAAUUCUCUACACUUUUAUGUUCCCUGUUUUCAAAUUCAUCAGCUGCAGAUCACAUCUAUGGUGGGAGCAUCAUUUGUUAUGCCUUCCCAAUUCCUAUCUCUCAUCCCUCCAGUUUUACAGAAAAAAAAAAAAAAAAGCCCCUCACUAAGAUGUAUGGUCCACAGAUGUAAAGACCUCUGGGGAGACAGGCAAAGUGACCAUUUUGAAAUUUCAGCCUUACCACAUUCAGUUUCAAUCAAGACAUCUUGAACUCCCCCCGCCCACCCCACCCC